AUGAGUCAAGCGGAUGCAUUAAGUCGAUUUUUUAAAGGUGAUGAAACAGAAGCGGAAGAUUACUUCACGAGAAUUAAAAAUAAAUUUGUUGCAAUGUGUACCUACUCUGACGAUGAUAAUGAUACUAAAUCUAAUAAGCCCGGUAUAAUAAGAAUUCCAUGUAAAACGGUGGCUGUUGCUAAGCAGGAAGACUUAGAUUUCAAUAUACAGGUUUUCAGUGAUGACGGUAUGCCGACCAAAGUUUGUAGUGAUUGUCGCUUGAUGUUUGAAUACAGCUAUUCCUUUAAGCAAAUGUGUAAACGUGCAGAAACUCUACUACGGCAGUAUCCACUCACUGGUAAAUGGCCGAAACCAUUACAAAAACCAACGCCACCAAAUCUACAAACUGUAACAAAAUCUACAUCCAAGACUAUUUUGAACCAGAAUCCAAUGCAAAUAAAUCGUACUAAUAAAAAUUCGGAAAACAAUAAAGAUGAACAAACAAAAAUUGUCGUGAAGAAAUUGCUGAAUGCAGAUCCCGCAGAUUCUCCUGAACCGCCGGUACCGAUACGCAUAAAAAAGGAAAAACUUGAAUUUGACGCUUUAAGCAUAAUGAACAAAAUAGAAAAUAAUGAUGAACUCUCAAUAGAUGAUGUACAGCGUUUUAUUGAUUCGGAUGGUUUUGCUGAAGAAACCCCUAAACCAACGGGUAAACCAAAACUUUUAAAUAAGUCCUCUAUACGCAUUUUGAAUAAGGAUGUAGAAAUCGAUAUUGAGCCGCUAUUAAGCAGGCCACAGGUAACACGUGAUGAAGAUGGUAACGUUGCUAUUGUUACAGAAAUACUAGUACCAAGCGAAAACUAUGAACCAGAAGAUGAACUUAUCAAACAGGCGCGACCAGUGAAAACAAAUGUGUUUCCAUGUCCAGAGUGUGAACGCUCAUUUCCGCUACGACAAUUGCGUGAUAUUCAUAUGGCCAAUCAUGUUCGCGAACGCUGUUUUCAAUGUCCUGAUUGCGAUAAAUCAUUCUUCUCGAAAUAUGACUUGCAGAAACACAGUGUGAUUCACACCGGAUAUCGUCCUUUUAAAUGCACAAUAUGUGAUAAAGCGUUCACACGUGCUACUUUACUAUAUCGCCAUGAGAAAAGCCACACUGAUGUACCUAAGCAUUUAUGUGUACAUUGCGAGAGACCGUUUCUCUCAAAGGAGGAAUUGGAAAAACAUACCGAACGUCACCUUAAAAAUAGACCAUUCAAAUGUAAGAUUUGUAAUAAGGGAUUCGCAUUUAAGCAAGGCAAAGAACGCCAUGAGGUCAUACAUUCGAGAGUACAGCCGAAUCCUUGCCAAUACUGCGAUCAGAGUUUUUCAACACCCAGUAAGUUGGCUCGUCACUUGACUGCACAUGCUGGAUCACGUCCAUAUCCUUGUAAAUUCUGUUCAAAAUCGUACUUACUUUCACACCAUUUGACUCGUCACUUACGCUCUCAUAAACAAGAAAACUAUGUAUGUCCCAUCUGUAAUAAAGCUUUCAAGAAGAGAGAAUUACUCAUAUAUCAUUCCGCUGUUCACGCAAUUAAAAACCUAACAUGCUCACUUUGUGAGGAAACUUUCGCUACUAGUGAGGAGGUUUCAUUACAUAUAAAACAACACGCCGACAAUCCAACAUAUGCGUGCGUUUUCUGUGACUUACAAUUUAGCCUUAAUAGUACUCUGGAUGCUCAUGUGCUCGAGCAUCAUGCGGAAGACAUGCAGGCUUAUAAUGACGAUCCAAAAAGUGAUAAUAAAAGUACGGAAAAUAGCGGCAGCGAAAAGGAGGAUAGCAAUCCAGAGUUUCAAGAAGCAGUUGAAUAUAUCAUUGACGAGUUUCCUUUGGAAUGUAGUUCAAAUGAACAACAAAAUAUAAUAAAAGUGGAACCAGAAGAAACGGAAGUAUUAAACGAUCAACCAAAAAUAGUCAGUCAAAUUGUUAUACAACCAGGACAAAGUAAGAAACGAGGAGCCAAUGAAAUUCGCAAUACUAAAUCUAUAACAAAUUGUGAAGAGUUUCAGUAUAUAGACUCAGACGACCCACCAAUCGAACCACCGAGAAAACAACCAAAAGUUACUGAUAAAAAAAUUCCAGUAACUUCGAAGGUGGUAAGACAAAGAAAUCCUAAAACGGCUGCAGCUAUUACCCAGCAAGAAACUGUGAACUCAGGAAAUGCGUCUCCUAAGUUGAAACAAACUACCUUAACUUCGGUUCUAAAAGUUUUACCAAAAGGCAUAACUAUACGUAAAGCUGGAGGUAGUGAAGUUAGUCCAGUUGCUACUGCAGUGCCAAAGGUUGUGACAUCACCAAAAGGUGCUGAAAAGACAUCAUCUCCAGCAAAGUCAAAAUUCACUGAAACAAAACAAGUAUCGAAAUUAGUUAAAACUUCUCCAAACACACGUGCUAAUGCAUCACCAAAGAGUAUGCCGGCAACUAAUAAGAAUUCUAAUUCCCCAACUCAACAAGCACUUGUAGAAGCAAAGACAAGUACUGGGAGUAGUCCACAAACUGAUAAAAAUGCUGCGAGCUCUCCGAAAACAAAUCAAAAACCAUUUACCGAAAAAAUUUUGCCCAAUGGUAAAAAAGUUAGACAAAUGGUAGUAUCAAAGUCGGAAGCCGCUGCAAUGAUGAAAGCAGGAAAAGUUUUUGUACAGAACGGAAAUAUGAUACUUAAACUCAGUCCCACAUCGAGCAAAAAGGAAGUCUGAAUUUUACUUCCACAAGUACUUUCAUACGUUAUUUAAGUUUUAAAAAAAUUUUCAAUUUGCAAAUGAAUUCACAUAUAUGUUAUAUACCUACAUAUAUAUAUGUAUGUUGCAUCCAAUAAGUUUCAUUAUUUCAGUCAAGUGAAUUCAUUUUUAUAUGAUAUAUGAUGUAUUCUUACAUUUGAUAAUUAUAUCCUUUAUAAUAUUAGUUUUCAUAUAGUUUGCAACAGCCAAAAUAAUUUUUUUUAAUUACGUAUUGGCUAAAUAAUAUAUUGUCGAUAAUACAGUGCAAAGUAAAUAUCAUAAAUAUUAUCAUAAAUAAUUUAAUCAAUAAA